AUGUCGUCAAAAAGUGACCUUGCGCUGGCGGCGAAGCUAGCGUCGACGCCAUCUAACGGCGAGUCGGCCGCGUCUACCGUGGAGGCCGACCUGGAUCUGCCUAAGGAUUGCUUUCUGCUGCCAAAGCAGAACGACGGCUUCCAAAUCCCGUACUUUCUCUCAAGCGAGGAGGAGGUGAACAAGAUCCGGCCUCCCACUGUCGUGAAGACGUGGGAGCAGCGUCGCGGGGAGCUCGAGGAAGCACAGCAACGCAAGCUGGAGGCGUUCAUAAAGAUGGUCUCCGCUGCGCCGUGGUACGCGGCGGAGAAGUUCGACAACUGGCUGUGUCUCCGCUACCUUCUCGCCCGCAGCUUCGACCUCGAUAAGGCCUUCUCAAUGCUGGAGGGCACCGUCAGGUGGUGGAAGGAAACGGGAUCGGAGACGUGGCAGUGUGAGGCUUGCUUGGAGAACCCGAAUGGCCACAUGGGCCAGUUCAUUGGGUGGGACAAGGAGCACCGCCCCGUCAUGUUCAUGUCGAUGCGCUGGGGCCCGGAGCGCAAGAAUCCGCUGCGGCACAUGGUGUGUGCCUUCAAUCACUUGAUCCGCAUGAUGCCUGUCGGGGUCGAGAAGUGGGUCUGCGUGACGGACUUCGAAACGUACUCGCAUCUUUACGACGGCAAGUCGUCUGUAGGCGUGCGCGUCAUCCGCGUAAUUCAGGACCAUUACCCGGAGAGACUAGGCAAGAUGCUGUGCAUCAACCCGCCGAGGCUCUUCUCCGUGCUGUGGAAGCUCGUCCUGCCAGCGAUCGACCCCGUCACUCGCACAAAGGUGGAAUUUCUGUGGACAGAGGCACAGCCGAGCGUGUGCGAGACGUUCCCAUCCCUAUUCCCGCAGCACCUCAGUGAGUACCUGAGUGACUCCUACAACCGGAGCAAGUACAACCUGCCAGCCAAGCCGCUCGUGUGGCAGCCACGGCCCGGGGGAUACCCCAUGAGCUUUGAGGAGCACAGGCAGCAACUCAAGGCAAUGAAGAAGGAGAAGGGGCCCAAAAAGGGCGCGAGUAAGGCAGCGCACGGCGCGAAUAAGCGGACCGAGGAGCAGCACCGUCAGGGGCACGGGCAGAUCUAG